AACAAUCACCACCAAAUCAGCACCUAUGUAUCCGUUUCCCAGCCUCCCUUCUCAGACGCCAUUUUGGAGGAAUAAUUCUUUGAUGGAACCCUUUUCUAGCGCUAUAUCCAGUCGGUCCCAGAGCCAUUUCCGUUGGUGCCUAUGGAACCUGGUCACCUUAACGAUAUGCAGCUAACCUUCUGCCGCUGCGUUGAAGGCGAGCAGUCACACGGAAAUUCACAAGGACCAACAAGGUUCAUCUCAUUGCGCGUUGGCUAAUUGGACCUGGCCAUGUCCAUGGGCAGCAAACAGAGCGCAUUUAACUCUCUCGCCGACAGGAAUUGGUCAGGCGCUAAACGGUCGGAGUACCCUUGGCGCGUAUCUCCAGCCUAGGAUUCCCUGCCAUGCAUCCAAACGGGGGUGGUUCAUAUGGCCCAUUGGUCAUUGAUCCCCUUGAGGUGGUAACAUAGCGGGAAGUGAGGCAGCGGGAUCUGGUCGAUCCAAAACAUGGCGGGCGCUUAAUAAAUGCGUGUCUUAUGGGAUCGCUCCCCCGCUUUUCAACGAACUUUUUUUCAGGCGCUGCUACAGUUGUGCUUCAGCUGAUAUAUCGUUUCGUUGGAUUCUUGGAAUUAUUCCUUUUGUGAAUUGUCGGAUACGUCCCAAUAUCCACGCUCUUUUGCUCUAUAUACAUGUCUUGUAGGAUAAAACUACUGUGACAUGCUAAACGCCCCGUUCUUUUAUGUCGAGCUAUUGAUUGACUUCGCCAGUUAUGAAAUCUCUUCGACGCAAUCUCAAAGUCUUACAAAAACCAUUUACCAAUGGAUCCAGUAACAUAUCCGCGAGUUCCACGCUCAUUCAUGACGACGGUGAUAAAGAGCAUUUCGAUGCGCACGAGGACCCGGAUAGUAACAACGAUGACGGCUGGAAAGGGCCUAUUGGACUAAAUCUUCUUCAUGAGCCCGAGAACCCUCGUGUUGAUCUUAUUUUCGUUCACGGCCUAGGUGGUGGCUCGAGGAAGACCUGGAGCCUAACGAAAGAGAUGAAGCACUUUUGGCCGAAGAGUUGGCUUCCAGAGGACCCGGCAUUCAAGGAUGUACGCAUACAUAGCUUUGGGUACAGUUCCGAUUGGCACAAGGGCAAAGAUAAUGCAAUGAACAUCCUUGACUAUGCUAUGUCAUUACUCACGGCGAUAGAGCUACGCCCAGGCUUUGGUACGGAAGAUACCCCUAUAGUUCUCAUAGGACAUAGCAUGGGGGGAUUGGUUAUUAAGAAGGCAUACAUGCUUGCUCGAUUAAAUCCACAGUACGACGAUAUAGCUAAACGGAUUUGCACUUUUUAUUUCAUCGCCACUCCGCAUUUGGGUUCUGAUUCGGCCGAGCUUUUGACCAAGAUUUUCCAUGUCGCGUACGGUUCUCGUUCCUAUGUCUCGGAUCUUGAAAGACGCUCGUCAACGAUUAUGGACAUCAAUGGCCAAUUUCGCCUUUAUGCAAGCGAUCUUGAGAUUUGGUCAUUCUACGAAACUAUGCCUCUUACCAUGGGGUUUUUCAGUAAAAUUAUUGUUAGCAAAGACUUUGCCAUACUCGGAUACCAGUCGGAGAAACAAAUCCCUAUGACUGCUGAUCACCGGUCAAUCUGCAAAUUCAACACGGCAGCUGAUACGAACUACAGAACUAUUCGAGAUGCUCUCGCAUUGACCGUUCGUGGUCUUACAAAAUCAGGCCAACGGUUAAAGGAAAAGCGAAAGUACGAACAAAUGAAAACUUUAAGAGAAUACUUGGGGGUGUCCUCAGCACCAAAGGAAGACCUGACUACUGUCCAAGAUUCUCGUCUACCUGGAACCUGUGAAUGGCUUUCCACGACAGCUAGCUACCUUCGGUGGAGAAACAAUUCCACCAAGGGCCCAUCCAUUUAUUGGCUAAGUGGAAAUCCAGGGGUCGGAAAAUCUGUUCUCGCGGGCUACGUGAUCGAAAUGCUAGAAGAGAUGGGCUCAGAUAUGGCGAGUAGGAAUGAAAGGGUGAAAGAUAUGCUACUGGGAAUGCAUUCGGAUGGUGUAGAGUUUGAUAAAGGAGAUGAGCGUACCAUAUGGAGAAAGGUAUUCCUCUCCGGGGUAUUUCAGACUACCAUUUCGCCGCAAUAUUGGAUAAUUGACGCCCUUGACGAGUGUGAUGAUUUCGCUUCCUUUUUCGGCCCAAUGCUAGCUAAACUGGAUGAUUCUCUACCGCUUCGUAUCCUAAUUACAAGCCGAACAACUGCUGGCCUGCAGAGACAGUUUUCUAGUCUUGGCGGUGAGCGCCUUUUUUGUGAACAAAUUUCUGCAGCAGAUACACUGCAUGAUAUCAGAGUGUUUGUUGACGACCAGUCAAUGUUGCUCGAGGUAGACUCGAAUCACAGGGUUUCUUUGGUUGAACGGAUUCUGGAAAAAUCGAAUGACAGCUUUCUAUGGACGGCAAUAGUUCUCCAAGAGCUACUAAAAGUUCACGGUCAGGAGGAUAUCAAUCGAGUGUUGGAAGAAGUGCCUCAAGAGAUGGAACCACUCUAUCUCAGAAUACUUGAAUCGAUGUCGCAGGCAAAACAUGGAAAGCAACUGGCCCAGGCUAUUCUAGCUUGGGCAAUUUGUGUUCUGCGGCCCUUAACUGUGCUGGAGCUUGAAUCGGCUUUGAAUCUUGAUCUUGGUGAUACCUUUCUACACUUCAGAAAGAGUAUCACUGACAUCUGUGGCCAGCUCGUCGGCGUUGAUGCCUUUGGCAGGGUUCAAAUAGUGCAUGCCACAGCAAGAGAAUUCCUCGUAAAGGGCGGGCUCCAGUCUGAGUUCGCAGUCGAUGUAGAAGAAACACACACCCGGAUAGCUAAAACUUGCCUUGUCUACCUGACGGGUCCAGAGAUGGACCCUCCUCCACCCCGCAUGCGCACUCCUACUUUAGUCGAACGGAAAAGGAGAUCGGAAUUUGCAGUAUAUGCCAUUCACUCAUUUUCGGACCACCUCGCUCGUUCUAACCCGGUUGCCGAUGAAGUUCUUGACCUUCUGGAGACAUUCCUGGGCAAGAAUGUACUCUCCUGGGUGCAGGCUAUUGCCGAGAACCAAGACCUCACCCCGAUGUUCAGUGUCUCGAGGAACCUUAGCACGUAUCUUGACAACCUUUUACGGGCUCGGCGUUUGGAAGAAAGUAGAAGCAAGGUUAUUCGUGGCUGGACGAAAGAUCUCAUCCGGAUAACGACGAAAUUUGGCGAUGCUAUGCUGAGUUCUCCUUCAGCAAUCCGACAGAUAAUACUACCAUUCAUUCCGAAACAAUCCACGGCUUACGAGACAUUUACCCUUAGUGACACGCUAACUAAAGGAGGAAUGCCGAAUGCUAGGGAGAUUUUAUCGGAGCAACCGCAGAAAGACAAUAACGAAAGGACAGUUUUCGUGUGGACAAGCGACCAAGUCGACUUUGUGGUUAAGUUCGUGGACGUUAUUCUGGGGAUUCUAGAUCUGAUAUGUCGAUAUAUCUUCCCGCUGCAUACUCUAGAAUCUAUACCAAAUGACAAAAUAACUCCUAGGAGUCGCGGCCUCUCUGUGGUUGGAAAUUCGAAUGACAAGUGGGAUGACCUACUGUGCUACAUUAAGUUUAAGGAUUCAUACGCACGAGUUUUCAGUCACGGGGAUUCAUGUUUCGCAAUUGGGUUCAUCUCAGGGCUGAUUGUGCUGUAUGACGCGGCCACGUAUCAGCAAUUCAGAGUUCUAGAUAACGGCGGCCCACCCGACCUUAUAACGUUUAAAAACGGGUCGGAUUUGAUGGCAUCGUGCUCGUACUCAGAUGUCGGUUUUGAGGUUAAGCUCUGGGAUACCUGCGAUGCCCAAAUUUUACUCAAUUUCAGAUGCGCCAAUCGUCCAAUUUGGCUUGGCUUUUGCCAAAAUGAUCUGAUAGUUGUUUGCCGUAAUAGCUACAUUUCCUUUUGGGAUGUAGUUCAGGGAUCCCAACGAGCUAGUCAUCUGCCGUCUUUACCAGCACAAGGACCGGACGAGAUCUUGAGUGAAGCCAGUGCGGCCGCUAUAUCUCCCGACGGGAAAUUAUUAGCAAUAGGCUACUUGGGCAAUCGACCUAUCACUCUGUGGAACUUGGAGGAGAGAGAGUACCAUGGCACCUGCGGGGUGGGAUCACUCAAUGGAGGCAUUACGGGCAUCCGCCACCUUCGGUUUGGGCCUAAUCCUGAGACCAUGUGGCUAUUAGUGUGCUACGACACCUCUGACCGAAACACCGAACUCACGGUUUUUGAGCCCUUUACCGAUCACAUAUUUAGACAACUAUCUCGGUUAGGCCACAUUAGUGCCCUUGCAGUAAGCCCAGAUGAACGUACGCUUUUGAUUACAGGUCCUGACGUGUGGGUAUUCGUUUAUGACUUUGAAACACUGGAGAUGCAAACGUUUCUCAAAACAGAUAUCUGCGAUCAUCUCUCCGUAGCCUGGGGUAAUGACAGUCUACACUUUUUCGAAUUUUGCGAACACCAUUGUUUAGUCUGGGAGCCAGCUAUGCUAACUCCUGGGCACACGAAAGACGGGGCAACUGAAGUAGCGGUGAUGCCUGCCGUUGAUUAUUCUACUCCCAAGAAGGGUGUUUCAAUCCGUUCAAUGGCAGUUGAUUCCACAGGAAAUUUUGCAUUUUGUGGUACCAAUGAUGGCACCGUUCUCUCGUUUGGUUUGCAGACUGGAAAAAAAAUGGAACCGUUCUACAAGGCCGGCGAUAGUUUCGUUAAUGCUCUCGGCUGGUGGGAUGAUGGCGAGGUCCUUACAGCUUUGCAUACGACAGGCUCUCCCAGCGGCUGGUUAUCUUCCACAAAAUUGAAGAAGACGCCAAGGUGGGAGGAAGACGGGUGGCAAGCCGAAAAGGGUUCCGGAUACUUCAUCGAACUAUCAGACGAUAAUUUCACAAAUUCCCCUCAGAUUUUAAUCAGUCCUUAUGGCAAAUCUCUUGUUGCAACCAACAAAAGAUCAUAUCUUAUAUCUAUUGAUGGCCAGAUACAGGCAAGUAAAAAUCUAGGGACAGUACAGUGGACUCAACACCCGUUCUCACCGCUUUAUGUUAUCGGCGUGGAAUACCUGGGCGGGGGAAGGAGUGCGAUAAACAUACACACCUGGAGUGAGUUGACUCUUCUCGCCUGCGUUCACCUCGACGUUAAUAUUUCACCCGGAUAUUCACCUCAUGGAAACUUCUAUCAUAUAUCGGGAAAUAAUAUGCUCGUCAUCUUUAGUCAGCUGCGCCAUGGAUUCCUUUUCGACUGGACAUUCUUGAAGGUUGAAAACAGCCUGGACGAGGUUCCAGUUCCCCCUAUAGCGCAACUUUCGCUAGCGGAAGUAAUCUCGUUUGUGCUUGGAAUAUGGCAAUCUAAGCUUAUCUUUUGUAAUACGGAAGGAUGGGUGUGUUCUAUUGAGCUGGAACGCCUUCACGGACCCUACCAACGUCAUUUCUUUAUCCCUGGCGACUGGUUUGAUGAGCAAUACACUAGGUAUGCGAUGACAAUAAAGGGAGAUAUUGUAGUGGAUCGGAGGAAUGAAAUUGCAGUGAUUAAGGGGGGUCUGAACUAUUUGGAUAGGGUUGAGUUUCCUCCAUCCUCGAGGGCCAGCUCCAUGACUUGCGUUGAAUCUCCGAUCAUAGAGAUUUGAUUUUAGAGUGAGCUGUUGGUGUAUAAAUGUUGAUAACCUUUUGAUGCCAUUUUGACGGUCCAUUCUUGCACAUUUUGUUUUUGUCUGCACCGUUUUUUUUAUUCCACCCGAAAUUUUAUAGUCGUCUUGUCAUGCGUCGACACUCGCGCCGUGUGAGAUAGAAAGAAUAUAUGGCAAAACGAGCUAGAAACCCUCCAGCCUUGCUUCUAACGUCACCAACAGCUUUAUCAGUAAAGUUACGCAGGACUCUAUUCACCGAUAAUCCGAUACAUAGGAAAAGGGGGCAGAAUUAUUUACUUUAUUUACUCCAUAUAUAUAUGUAAAAACCAUCAAAGACCAAAAAUGUGGCAUACUCUAUCUGGAAGAGGGCCAUAAUGGAAGAAGACAUUACGAAACUUGCAAAAAAAAAAAAAAAAAAAACUCUGAAAGUUGAUGAGCAAAAAGUAAAUAUGUGGAAACUCGGUUCGUGAGUCAUGAAGGAACAAAAUAGAGUGAAUGUCGGAUAGAUUUCCUUGGAAAGGAGCGGCCGAAAGAGAAAAUAAACCAUGAGGGAAUCAAGAAAGAUAAUAGAAGGGAAGCUGAGGGAAGUGUGGGCGUGAAUGCUGUGCAACUAGACUGCAUACUAACCUCAUUUUCAACUCUCAUAGACAUGUUAGAGAGUUGUGAAGAACACAGGCCCAUUCUACAUCACCACACAACAUGAAUUCUGUUUCUUCGCCUGCGUUGCAAAUGCCUUACUUUGCAUGCUCAAAUUAUCACUCUUUGCGAUCAGGCUAUCUAGCUUCUCUCCUCUCUCCAGCAGCUUAUCAACCGUUUGGUAAAGCACCUGCUUCGUAUCGUCUAGCUGCCGCUGAAUCUUUGCAAUUUCAUCUGCCUUGCCUGGAUCCUCUACAUACUCCUUGAGUUUGCUCUUGGCUUUCGCAACUGAUAAAUCAUAGAGUUGGAGUUUAUUCUGCGGGACGUCAGACCUUCUUUGCAGGGUUAAAUCGAAGUCUUGGUCCGAACCGAAAUCCUUCCUCAUUUUUUGUUGAACUCCUUUCGCGAUGCUUCUCGCAAUUUGCUCAGAAUAGUUGGGACGAGCGACGACAAAGGUGGCAGGGCCUGUGCCGGGGUUGAAGCAGUAGAGUACUCCGACAUUUUGGUUCUCUACUUCAUCCUUAAUAACGGUAACAGCAGUAUCGUUGGGCUUGAGUUUUGCGAGGAGAGUGGUGCAAACAAAUGUUAUCAAUUCGAGUUGACUGCAUUACGACUCGGGUCAGUCAUAUUCCUCAGAUAGAAUGCAAAUGGUAGGGAAAGCAGUACAGAUCCCUUACCUUUUUCUGAUAAAUCUGAUAUAGCCGCAUAUAGGGGGUAAGAGAAUGACGGCAGAACAUACGCCAAUAUAGAUGAUGUCCCCUGUAGUGCUCAUAAUUGGAAAUAGCUCUUAGGCAAUGCGUAUUCCAAAAGGAAAUGUAUGAGGAUGCCAGGGGGGAGAAUGUCGUCGUCAGGGGCGUGUUCAGAUGGUGAUACAAUGGGGCUAAGGUUCUCUGGGCUGAUUUUAAAAAGUAAAACCAAAAGGAAUAGCGUAUGUACAGUAGCCCAGGAUAUGGGAUGCUCGAUGCUCCUCUAGUAUCUCUCGCCGGUAUUAAAGUUGGGGUGCUUGAUACGAAGAUCCAGGCUGCCGGAUUCGUCUGAUGCUGAAGCGGUAACGUUUGCGCCUCCCAAC